AUGAUAAAGCCGCUUCCUAAAGCUUUACCACGUAAAACCACCCGACGAGGCAGGCAGCCUGGAAAGACUAAAAUAUUGACGAAAACACCGGAUAAACUAGAUGUGCCACUAGAAUCUUUAAACCAGUGUGAACAAAACGGAAAAAAGAAAAUUACUAAAACAAAUAAAAAUCAGAGGUCGAAAGUACGAAAGCAAGUUCUACAGUCCAGCGAUAGUGAUAGCGAAAGAGAAGAGGAGACCCUUAUUCAAUAUGCCGACAGCUCAGACGGGGCUUUAGAGGAUCUAAUAGAAAUAGAUGAACACUGGUAUUGUUUCGUAUGUAAAGGAGAUGAAAUUUUAGAUAUGCGUCUUUGCAUUCAUUGCAAAAGAUAUGUUCACGAAAUAUGCGUGGGGCUAACUAAAAACGAUACAGAUCCAUUUAUUUGUUGUGAAUGCGAAUAA